CGGCGGCGGCGGCGGCGGGCCAUGGCCGCGGACGUGCCCAUGCGGCCGGGCCGGCGGCGGGCGGAUGAGGACUCGUCAGACACGGACGAGGCGGGGUCGCGGGGCGGCGGGGCGCGGCGGGCGGCGGGGGCCGGCGCGCAGAUCAUCCACUCGGGCCACUUCAUGGUGUCGUCGCCGCACAGCGAGCACCCGCCCAAGAAGGGCUACGACUUCGACACGGUCAACGAGCAGACGUGCCAGACCUACCGCUUCGGCGGCGCGCGGGCCGGCGGCCGCCUCAGCAUCGACGCCUCCCUCACCAAGCUCUUCGAGUGCAUGAGCCUGGCCUACAGUGGCAAAUUGGUUUCACCAAAAUGGAAGAAUUUUAAAGGCUUGAAACUUCAGUGGAGAGAUAAAAUCCGUCUCAAUAACGCUAUCUGGAGGGCGUGGUAUAUGCAGUAUCUGGAGAAACGCAAGAACCCAGUGUGCCAUUUUGUGACUCCACUGGAUGGCUCUGUGGAGGUAGAGGAACAUCGCAGGCCAGAAGCCAUUGCGACAGAAGGGAAAUACUGGAAACGAAGAAUUGAGAUAGUCAUCAGGGAAUAUCACAAGUGGAGAACAUACUUCAAGAAAAGGUUACAGAAACACAGAGAUGAAGAUCUGUCAAGCUUGGUCCGGGAUGACGAUGUGGUUCCCUGGCAAGAAAGAAGCUAUGGCAGGGAAACCCCUGUCCCUAUGGAGGAAGGCUCCCUGCUGGAUGUGGAUAUGCUUAUGUCAGAAUUCACAGACACCCUCUUCUCCACGCUGUCUUCACAUCAGCCGGUUUCCUGGCCAAAUCCCAGGGAGAUAGGACACUUAGGAAAUGCUGACAUGAUUCAGCCAGGACUCUUUCCUCUCCAGCCAAACUUGGAUUUCAUGGAUACUUUUGAACCUUUUCAGGAUCUCUUCACCUCCAGUCGUUCCAGUAAUUAUUUCCCUUCUGUGUCUGCUGUUCCUACUGUCAGUUCUGCUACAACAGAUUCCAGCAGCCAUGCUUCCCAGUCCCCUGUCCUGCCCUCAGGUUCUUUACCCAGCGCACACCCAGCAGGAAACCUCAGCGAUGAACUGAUUGCCUCAUCGGUCCCUGCUUCUGUCAUUCCUGAUGUUGGUGCUGACCAGUGUUCUGGCAUUAGAGGUGGGGGAUCUUUCAUUCAGCCGGCAGACUUCAAUUCCGAUUCAUCUCUAAGUGGCCAGCCAUCGUUCGUGCGAGUGUUCCAGACUUCAAUGCCACUACUUCAGCCUUCUGCCUCACCGCACCAGACCCCUUUGCCUGCAGUGCCUCUGGAUGCUGGCUUGAACUCCCAGCUCUCUGCUUUCAUGGCUCCAGAAACCCAGAAGUUUGGCCUCUGCAAAUCUACUGUGAUCACCCACACAGCUUCUGCUACACAGACCCACAAUGCUCCUGCCACCACCUUCAGCCAGAGCCAAAACCUCGUCCUGGCAACGCAGCAGUCAGGGGGAGGAGUGCCUUGUAACCUGGCUUUACAGACUACCGUCAUGUCGGGGCAGCCCCAACCCCAGCUGCAGCCUCAGCUGACUUUUGCACUCCCCAAAGCCGUUCCCCUGGCAAAUGCUGGGACUAGGCCCAGACAGCCACAAAAAAUAGUGCCUGCUCCGAAGCCUGAAACAGUGUCUUUAGUACUAAAAAAUGCCUUCAUUGCCCCAGCUGCCUUUCAGGGACAGCCCAGAGCUGUGAUUGUAACCCCAGCACCUAUAAAAAGAGAAGGGAUUUUGACUCCAACCAUGUCUCAGCCAAACGUUGUAAUUGCACCAGCUGGAAUCGCCAGAGCUCCUGGGGUGGCAGAAUUCCAUAGUGGCAUUCUGGUUGGUCAAGCACAACAAGCUCCAGGUACCCAGCAAGCCCAGCCUGCUGUCUCGCACCUCUUCUCUCCCAGUGUAGUCCAGGAUGCAUUGGUGAAAAGGGAGCAAAUCCCUUCCCACAGUACCAGUUCACAAGUCCCUUCACCUACACCUAGCCGAGACUGUCAGAACUCAGGACAGGCCUCACCCUGCACCUCGGAGCAGAGCCCCAGUCCUCAGUCUCCACAGAACAAUUGCUCAGGAAAAGCCACGACCAAUCCUCAGAUGUCUGCCUUUAAGAAUCGAAGAAUAAAGCAUAUUUCAGCAGAACAAAAGAGAAGGUGUAAUAUCAAGGCUGGUUUUAAUACGCUGAACAGCUUGGUGUCCUCUAACUCCAAAUCUAUCAGCCAUGCAAUCACACUCCAAAAGACUGUGGAAUAUAUUGCUAAACUACAGCAAGAGAGAAUACAGAUGCAGGAAGAAACCAGGCGUCUCCGGGAGGAAAUUGAGGAACUGAAUGCUACCAUCAUAUCAUGUCAACAGCAACUCCCUGCUACUGGGGUUCCCAUAACAAGACAAAGAUUUGAUCAUAUGAGGAGUAUGUUUGAUGAGUAUGUGAAAAACAGGACCCUCCAAAACUGGAAGUUUUGGAUUUUCAGUAUUAUCAUUAAACCGUUAUUUGAGUCCUUCAAUGGAAUGGUGUCUACAACCAGCUUUGAGGACCUGAAUCAGACUGCAAUGGCAUGGCUGGAUCAGCACUGCACCCUCCCUGUUUUGAGGCCAAUGGUGCUGAACACCCUUCGGCAUCUAAGUACAACCACCUCCAUUCUGACCGAUCCAUCAUGCUUGCCAGAACAAGCCACCAAGGCAGUUAGUAAAAUGAACAAAACAGCUGGGGACACCUAACAACCAAAGAAGAUGUGUUGCCUAUCCAAGAAGUGGAGAACAGACCCACAGGUCUCCUUCAGGUGGUGCACUUUAGAAAAACUUCUCUCCAUCAUGUAAGACAUUGUCCAGGGCAUACGGCCUCUGUCUUCUGAGUAUGCAGAGGCGCAGUGCAACACUGUCUAAUGUUUGGGUUCCUCUCCAGUGCCACGUUAGGUUCAGCUAAAUGAGAAUGCCAAGCUCAGGUAAAUAAGCAGGCUAGAAUCCUGCAGGCAGCAAUAGAUCUCCAUCAAUGCAGCAUGCAUAGAUAUGCAGUAAACGUCUUUAUAUGACAUGCCUUUGAGUACUAAGCUCAGUGAGGUGUAACUCCUAUAUGACAAGGAAUGAUCUGUUAAAGGGAAACACACUUUUCAUUUCAUGAAAUGUAAUGUACUUUUCAUUUUAUUACCAGGUGUUCAACUUCUUUGUUAUUUUACUUGAACAGUAAAAGUUGAUAAACAGAGUGAUCAACAUAUUAAUAACCAAAGGAGAAAAAUGUCCAUCAAAGAUGCAAAAUCAUGGUAAAGUACUAGAAUUAAAAUCUCAGGCUCUGUAUCUACUUCUGUUCUGUUUUAUAUAUUUUCUCCAUAUGAUCAGCUGCAGGGCAUGCUUUAUUUCCUAGCAAAUAAAGUAGCUAAUAUUUGUAUUAGAAUUUUUUCUAAUGUAGCCAUUGCAAGCUAGUAGCAGGACAAUAUGGUGAGUGCCCUUUAUCUUUAGUUCACUUGGGUUCUGUACUUGUCAGCAGAGGCUGAAGUUCCACACAGGUUCAAACUGUGAGCUUUUUUUUCUCUUACAUGCUGCAGAGCUGAACUCUCUUCACCACAGCGGGCCCCUAAUGUACAUGUGUGCAGAUACUGUGGUUGUACUUCAGAGACAGAGACUGAGUUUGUGACGUUAGGAAAUUGUCAUUUAUGUUAUCACAGAAAUUAGACUAAAACCCUGUAUUUAUAAACUAUCCUUCACUCUCAUCUUUUUCUUCGCUGGUUCUCCCUGCCCUCAGCAUCCUUUCCUUCCAUCUUAAAUUCCUGAGUUUUAGUCUAAAGCUAUCAAUCUAUAGUGCAGAGAUGAUGUUCAGCGUGAGACUUGGAACACUUCUUGUUUGCUGUCUGAAAUAUUGCACGGUUUUGUGAUGCACCCCAUGGAGCCAGUGGAUGUAGGGCUUCAGCAGCAGGUGUUCUCCAUGUGCUACUAUGGGGACAAGUGCCAGGGGCAGCCAGGUCCUAAUGUCCGCCUACCUCUGCCCCAGGGAAGGCUGUUCCAGCCCCCAACCACAAAAGGUUGCCUGCCCCUGACUUCAGUGGUUCCACUGCUUUCUGGAUUGUAGUUAUUAGGAACCAGAAGAAUAGUACAGAUAAGCCUCCUAGUAUCUUCCCCUUUGGUUUCAAAACACUGAUUUGAGAUCAUUGGGUCUAGGAUGCCACAGUAUUGAAAAAGGGAGUAGACUGAAUUAUUUUGACUGUAUCUUCUAAAAUGUGUCUGUGAAAGUAUGUCAAUAGGAAGCAAAUCUUACUUUUUCUGCUAUACAGUUUUCCAGGGGGAGUGGGGGGGGGAGGGGGGGGGGGCGGGAGUGUUGUUGAAUAUUACAAAUCUGUCUACAAAAUAAUUACUUGUUUUUCCUGUCCAGACAGUAUUUCUAUCCUCAACUUUCUACAGGUGAGGUGCAUAGGCAGAACCCCAAUUUUGUAUGCAAAAGGUGUUUGUGCAUGCAAAUUGAGAAACACAUUGCUAACUAUGUGUUAUAUCCAAAUGUUGCACAAGAUUGUGAGGCUGAGGCAGCUGUGAAAAAAUAAACUAGAAAAUUCAGGCUUAAACUUUAUUGAAAUACUGCGUAGAAACAGUCAUUAUUAAACAGUGAAGUGGCUUUUCUAAAUAGGUUUGUAGCUAGAUAUUUUGUACGACGUGAUAGUUAAAUGAAAAAGGCAAUAUGUUUUGGGAUUCAUCUGAAUAAGAGGUGCUGUACACUUGUAAGGUAUUUUCUAUUUAUAUCUAAAUUCACCCAUCAUUUUAUCAAUGCCCUUGAAUUUCUGUCUAGCAAAAUCUUUAACCUUCUGAUUAGCUGGGGGGUUUCCUUCAACUUCCUCAUUUAUUGGGCUGUCGUACUGAGAGAGAGAUGCUUAGAAAUCAUUUGGCAAAAUGCUCAGGGCUUGAUCACUUUUUUUGUGGUACAUUUCAGAGGAAAUUUGGUUUCUGGGUGCUGUUUUUAAUAUGUUUUCUAAAUGAUGCUGUCUCCUAUCUGCUUUGCAGAUACUAUCUCAACCUGUAGUAAAUCAGAGGUAAUUAUAAUUCUUUUUGUCUAGAAGUCUAUGAAAAGCUUUUCAAUAAUUGCAUCACUCAUCAGAUUAAAAUUGGAGAGACGAGGUUUAUUUUUAGUGACUGGAGAAGUGGACUCUCAGCAUUUCUGCUUUGCAUGCCAAGAUCUGCUCUCUUAUUCGUUCUUUUUUUAAUUAAAAAAUGCUUGGCAGGCAGAAGGGGAAGAAGGUGUAGGAGGAUGAGAGUUGAGAAAAAGUACUUUUAACCAUUACCGAAAAUGAUCCAGCUUUCCAAAGUCUCUGAUUUGAACGUGACGAUUCUCAAUGGUGCUUUUUUUGAAAACACAGGAAAAGGGAGGUUGUGCCUCAGCAGGGUACAGGUUCUAGGUACUGUCAUGAAAGGAGCUUGACCCCAGUAUGUAUUAAUUACAGCUAAGAGGAAUUGUGUAUUGGAAGCUUUGACUUCAUUAGUCUUUUCUCCAGUUAAGGGGUUUAAAAUACAUUUUUCAAAAGAUGUGUUUCUGUUCAGACUGGUAUUUUACAGCAGGGGUGCUCAGCCUACAGCCCAUGGGCCAAAUGUGCCCCAUAGAGCCAUUGCUUCUGGCUGGCAGGGCUCUCCACAGGUCAAGAAACUUGGCAAUGGGGUAGCAGUGGCAAUUAAUACCGCCAUCACUCCCUGGCUGCCAAAUUCCAAAGCCUGUUGGCCAGAUUAGAGCCAAACCAUGCCCCGUUCCCCCACAUAGGGCCAGACCAGGCCACGCUCCCUUCCCCACACUCAGCUGGAUUGGGGCUGGGCCAUACCCCCUCCCUCUGCAUGGGUGGAUCGGGGCCGGGCUGCCCCCCCACCCCCUCCAUGCAGCAGGAUGGGACCCCAGUGCACCCCCACUAGGUCCCGGAUCAGGACCACUGGCCAGAUCUGGCUUGCAGAUGGACUGGGCACUGUCCAUCCAGUCCACCGGGCAAAAAGUUUGAGCACUACUGUUUUACAGUAUUAACUAGUCCUAAAUUGAAUCUGCAAGGCACCAAGAAGGGCCAGUCUUGCAGCUAGAGCCCACUGUCUGUCUGCUGUUUACAAAGAAUUUCAAGUGGCAGUCACCACCUACCUCGCCGUCAGUGGAUCUGUGCUGGGAGUUUCCGUCAGAAAGAAUCCAGAGUGCAGAGAUUCUUAGAUUCCCUAAUAACAAGACUCGAGUCAUGCUUUAGUCAAGCUGAAAUUAGUGGGACACAUUACAAAGUGGUCAGUGAGCGAAAUAUAAUGGCCUAGGAGAUGUAGGAGGUCAGACAUGAUGGUCCCUGCUCGUCUUCAAUUCUAAAUCGGGGGAACUUCAUGCAUUAGAAGAUGUAGGUUCGAAGGCUCAUGUAUUUCUUGCCAAUAGCAUGAGUACAGGGAGCAAAAAACAUCUGAAAUUAAGGGAGAAGCCGCAAGAGGAUGAAGAUAAAGGGCUCCUCUGGGCAGUACGGUUGCCUCACCAAACCAGAGGGAUUUCCCUGUCGGAGAACAGUGCUGGUCCUGCUGGCAGGUUCUGUCAGGCUGCUGGAAGGGAACCCUUGGGGGAAAUGUUGAAGUUUGGAUCGUCCGCCUGAGUCUGCCUGCUCUCUGGAGGUGUCCCAAGUACCCUAAGAUUUUUGCCCUGCCAUUGAGUACCAUAGGUGUGAUGUGUCCUGAUCCAGCCAUUCCUCCUUCCAAGAGGAAGUUCCAUGGAAAACCCAGUGAGAAGGAGAUUGUGGUCUUCCUGUGCCUUGUGUGAGCAGCCAGAUUUGUAAAGUGCAGUGACAUUUUCUAUAGGACCAACUGUACAUCUGUGAGAGACGAUGGCUUUCGGGUACAAAAUGACUUUCCUUAGGUCUGCGUGCCCCGUUUGGUUAUUUUCUGGAAAUAAGAACAAAAAAACCCCCAAACUAGCAAAACCCCAGUGUGACUAGGCAGCAUCUUUGUUUCUAGAUCUCUGCAUCUGCAAGCGCUUGAAAAGGCAAAGGCCAAAUAGAUCACUGCUUAGCAAUCUCUGAUUGUCUCUCGUCAGUUGAUUCGCAUUGCAGUGUCAGCGUUCGACAUUCCAGUACAUGUUAGGUGUUGUCAAAAACUAAACCUCCUCACUGAGAUCAGGCAGGGGUUGAGAGUGGUUUACAGUAUUCGGGGCAGGGAGAUGUGGUAUAACUGCAGAAAUGUUCCGUGGUAUGAAACUUUUGUAGUCCAGAAUACUUGGAAAUGGUUUCAUCUUUCCUAUUUGUUCCUGGGAUGGUUAAUUCUUCCCUUGGUAGCAACUUCAAAGAAGAACAUUAUUGUCCAACCUCAUGACGGUUUUGAAUUAUUUUUCUGUUACCUACAGCUAGCUUGCAGUCCCUGCUGCCACAUUUGAUCAUGCACCCUGAUAGCACAGUAAAGUGAUUGAAAUAAAAAUGUCAUUAAAUCACAUGGUCUUAGGGACCCAAUACUGCCAGUCACUGAGUGCCCUUAACUCCUGUUGACUUGAAUCAGAUUUUUGACUGGGUAAAGUCUGUAGGAUUUGGCCCAUCACACUCCCCCAAUAAUUUGUGUUCAGUGUAGAUUUGCGUGCUGCAGCAAGAGCCUAACCCAUUUCCCACUGACUUUGGUUAAGGCUCUACAUCACCAUUUUUCCUGUUCAUUAAACAUAGUUUGUGCUAUGUUAUAAGGCUAGAGCAGAGUGGUGGUAUACAAGUAGUUUUAUAUGGAUACAGUGAACCUGAUAUUAUGGUAUUAAAAAGUGGCGUACCAAGGUAUUUCAUAUAAUGACUUGUGGCUGUUAUUUGAAUCACUUUUCUAUCUAAACUCCUUUAAGCACAACUUAUGAAUAAGCAAGAAUAAAGCUUUGAAAAUGAAGAAAUUAAGGUCAGAAGCAGACCUUCUCCUUUUUAACGGUUUGUUGAACAAAUUGCUUCUUUUGCUUUCAUAACAGCUUGAGGUUCAUUUUAAAUGAAUCGAUUUGAUUUUUGUUAUAUAAAAGUUUGGAAGAAUGAGGAAUUGAGAUGUGCUCUUGCUUCAGCCUUGUUGUAUAAGGUUUUCUGUUCUCUUGCAUGACACAACCUCUGUCGUGCUGCUGAUAUGUAGCACUUUUCAAGUAGAUCUGUUAAACUGUGCAAUGCAUUUUUUAUAUUUACUACCAAAAUAAUAAAUGUUAUUUUUUGGAAGAAA